UUUUAAUGUUUAUUUCAAAAAUAAAUAAUCAUUCUUACAUUUAAUUAUACUUUCUCUUAUUCCAUCACGCUGUCGUCUUAUUUCAUUCUAAAUCAAUAAUAUCGCAUGACAAAAUACAAUAUAAAAAAAUAUAUGUACCGUAUAUAGAAAUACAAUAUUGUAUAUAAUAUAUAACAAUGUAUAAAAAUAUAAACGCAUUCUUAUACAUACUCCAAUAUGAAUCAAUGAAUCGGUUUCACGAUAUUAGCACCUUAUGUCAGCAAAACGAAAACCGCCUGUGUACAACGGGUUGCAUAUUGCAACAGCGCAUGCUUAUAAAUGAGCGCUCACGAUUCGUUUCCGCUGUUUUCUUCAUUCUGUGAUUCACGAUCGUUCUUUCUUGUGAUUAAUUUUAAUUUGUUCAAAGAUGCAGAUCAAAAGAAAAAUAAUACCAUCAACAUUAUAUCUUUUUAUUUUUUACGCCGUAUCGUUCGUUCCAUGUUCCACUGAAAACAGACACGCAACAGAAAAUUUCGUUCGAGGAAAAGAGCCAGACGACUCGUGCACCGGAUUAAACAACGAGACAGGGCGCUGCGAUUAUUUGAGACGAUGCUUUUAUCACGAGUACGAUUCAAAUUUUACGCUCGCUGUGAUUCACUCAUGCACGAUAGGAAAUGCAUACAUGGGCAUUUGUUGCUCGAAUCGUUGGAAUGGAAUGUACAAAAAGGAUACGGAGAAUCAAAGUUUUGCCAAAGUUCUUCCGUUAAUUGCAGUCGAUCGUAAAGAAAAACGAAACGAGGGCAGGAUCGUUUGGUCGACGGAAGAAGAGGGCGCGUCGAGCUCGUCUCGAAAUCCGCAAGUGUCGAGAGGAUGCGGAACAACAUUAAAAAAUCCGAGUAGAUUAGCCGGUGGUAGGCCGGCCGAUCCGACAGAAUGGCCCUGGAUGGUGGCCCUCCUCAAAAAAGACAAGUCUCAAUACUGCGGUGGUGUCCUCAUCACGGAUAGACACGUUUUAACCGCGGCUCAUUGCGUCGAUGGUUUGAAACCUCGAGACGUGAGAGUGAGACUCGGCGAAUACGAUUUCGAGUCGACGGAAGAGACGAGAGCUUUAGAUUUCUCCAUCGUUGAAAUUAGUAUCCAUCCGGAUUUCGAUACGGCCACGUACGAGAACGAUAUAGCUAUGAUCAAGAUGCACCGACCGACCAUUUUCGACAGUUACAUCUGGCCGGUGUGCCUGCCACCUAUCGGUCAAUCGUUCGAGAACGAGAGCGCGAUCGUGACGGGGUGGGGUACUCGAUAUUACGGGGGGCCAGCGAGCACGGUUUUGAUGGAGGUCGGUGUACCGGUAUGGCCACGAGACAGAUGCACGCGAAGUUUCGUCCAACGAAUUCCCAACACGACUAUCUGCGCCGGUUCUUACGAAGGUGGAGGCGAUUCUUGUCAGGGUGAUUCGGGUGGGCCGUUAUUGCAUCAACUUGAAAACGGUAGAUGGGUGAACAUUGGGAUAGUGUCUUGGGGAAUCGGGUGUGGAAAUCGAGGAGUUCCUGGAAUAUACACGCGGGUCAAUUUCUAUUUCGAUUGGAUACUCAAGAAUGCUGUGUUCUAAGUUUGAACAUCUCUCUUCCAAUGAUUGCGUUUAAAAUCGUAAAUAUAGUAAAUGUAAAUUAACGCUUUACGACAAUUAUAUCAUUCUCGUUUAAAAAUAUAUUAAAAGUAAGUUAAAAAAUUAAAGAUUCGAUUUUAUCCACCGAUUUCAGUGGAAGAAAUACGUGGAAACGAAGAAACUUUAUUUUCCUCGAAUAAUCAACUGUUACAUCUGUUCGAAAAAGGAGAUUGACACGAAUAGAGAGAAAUUCGACGUUGCUUGACGUUGCGCUAAUGUAUUUUGUAUACUUUCAUUCCUUUCACAGCGUGAACGCGCAUAUAAACAAGAAACGGGCGCGUGUGCACGACUACGUUACGCGAUUAGUUUUUCCGCAUAACCAAUAAGCAGAUUUCGAAGAUUCUUCGAUUGAAUUUCCAUUGUGUUUCGCAAUUGUGACUUUCGAACGAGGUCCAGCCUCUCUUUUUCUUUGUACACCGCAGAUACAUACAGUGUAAAACUAACUUUGCGUGAGUAUGUAUGUGUGUGUAUAUGUGUGUGUAUGUAUGUAUGUGCGCACUUAUAUGUAACUCAUGCGUGAGAAUCUAACGUACGGGGUGUCACAAGUUAAAACAGGUUGCCUGAUUAUCUUUGACGCGAUAAAAAAAUAUUACAAACGAAAUUUAAAUGCUUAUCAAUGGACGAAUAUAUGUUAAUGUCGAAUUCCAAAGAUGUUUCUUCGGAAUUUUUAAAAUCACGGAUUUUGUUUAAAAUACGUUCCUCAGUAUAUGAAUGGUACUAUAGAAGAUAAUUAGCUAGCCUCUUUUAACAUGAUUACCUUGUAUAGAUAUAUAUAUAUAUGUAUGUACAUAUCUUUCACCAACAUGGGAACGCGCAAAAAUUUACUAUUUUUUUUACAUUUCUGUUCGAUCGCUUAUCUUUGAAAUUUAUUUCAAAUAACUUUCAUUUCUCGAUAGAAUACGUUUCGAUCGAAUCGCGAAAAUGAAUAGCGCUCAAUAACUAUAUGCUGCAAAUAGAACGAGGAGGAAGACAAAAUAUUCGAUCGAUUUUUCCCGACUUUCCAAGCUCUUUAGUAGCUUUAUUAAAAUUAAUUUUCUCGUAUUGCACGCUUCCACGCUUUUCAAUCGAUUCCUGCGCGCAUUAAAUUUUACUUUACACGUCUCUCUUCUCGGAUUUCAAUGAAUUUUUUUU